AUGGCAUUGGUCAUUCAAUUUGUUAACAAGGAAGGGUUUAUAAAGGAGCGGUUCCUUGAUGUUAUUCAUGUAAAAGACACGGUUGCAUCGACUCUGAAGGAUGCAAUUUGUGCUGUCCUUGUUGAUAAUAAUCUGAAUGUGCAAGAUAUCAGAGGACAAGGAUACGACGGGGCAAGCAACAUGAGAGGGGAAUGGAAUGGACUGAAGGCUCUUAUUCUGAACGAGUGCCCUUAUGCAUAUUAUGUCCAUUGCAUGGCUCAUCAGUUACAGUUGGCUCUUGUUGCAGCAUCAAGAGAAGUGCCUGAUGUGCACAAUUUUUUUCAGCAUGCAAAUUUCAUCAUAAAUGUGGUUAGUGCAUCGUCUAAACGCAAUGAUGAGUUACUUGCAAAACAAGCUAUUGAGAUUGCACGUGAAAUUGAAUUGGGAGAGCUCGAUACAGGCAAAGGGGCAAAUCAAAUAGGCUCUUUACAGAGACCAGGGGACACUAUAUGGAGCUCUCACUUCAAGUCAAUUCACAGCUUGCGAAAGAUGUUUGGUGCUACAAUUGCAGUCCUAAGGAGUAUAGCAACGGAUCGUUCCGUCUCACAAUAUUCUAGAGGAGAUGCUGCAGGAGCCCUAAAGAUAAUCAUCUCUUUUGAUUUUGUUUUUAUUCUGCACCUCAUGGAGAAAAUUAUGAAGAUAACAGAUGUCUUGUGUCAAAUACUCCAAAAGAAAUCUGUGGACAUAUUGAAUGCAUUAAAUUCUGUCUCAAACACUAAGGCGCUUAUUGGUAAGCUAAGGGAAGAUGGUUGGGAACCUCUUAUGGAGGAGGUUAAAUCUUUUUGUCUGAAGCAUGAGAUUGAUAUCCCAGAUUCGAACAACAAGUAUGUUGAUGUGACUAAGUCUCGGAACAAGCAUGAUAACACAACAACACUUCACCACUAUAAAUUAGAUGUGUUCAACGUUGCCAUAGAUCAACAAGUGGUGGAGCUCAAUAAUCGAUUUGGUGUUCAAAGUACAGAGCUUCUGACACUUUUUUCGCCCCCCUCAUAUUCAAAUCCUGGCUCCGCCCCUGGGUACAACAGUCAUAAUAGGGAGAGGUACAAGGGUAGAAAAAGGAACAAAGAGUACAUAAACAUGAUGUAA